UGGCUGCUCUGCAGAAUGGAGAUAAUCAGGAGCAAUUUUAAGAGUAAUCUUCACAAAGUGUACCAGGCCAUAGAGGAGGCAGACUUCUUCGCCAUCGAUGGGGAGUUCUCAGGAAUCAGUGAUGGACCUUCAGUCACCGCAUUAACAAAUGGAUUUGACACUCCGGAAGAAAGGUAUCAGAAGCUUAAAAAGCAUUCCAUGGACUUUUUGCUGUUUCAGUUUGGCCUUUGCACUUUUAAGUAUGACUACACAGAUUCAAAGUAUAUAACAAAGUCUUUUAACUUCUAUGUUUUCCCGAAACCCUUCAAUAGAGCCUCACCAGAUGUCAAAUUUGUUUGUCAGAGCUCAAGCAUUGACUUUCUAGCAAGCCAAGGAUUUGAUUUUAAUAAAGUUUUCCGCAAUGGAAUUCCGUACUUAAACCAGGAAGAAGAAAGACAGUUAAGAGAGCAGUACGAUGAGAAACGUUUACAGUCCAAUGGUGCAGGCGCUCUGUCAUAUGUGUCUCCUAACACUUCGAAAUGUCCCGUGACAAUUCCUGAGGAUCAGAAGAAGUUUAUUGACCAAGUGAUAGAGAAAAUAGAAGAUUUAUUACAAAGUGAAGAAAACAAGAACUUGGAUUUAGAACCAUGUACUGGGUUCCAAAGAAAACUAAUUUAUCAGACUUUGAGCUGGAAGUAUCCCAAAGGCAUUCAUGUUGAGACUUUAGAAACUGAAAAGAAAGAGCGCUAUAUCGUUAUCAGCAAAGUAGAUGAAGAAGAGCGUAAAAGAAGAGAGCAGCAGAAACACGCUAAGGAACAGGAAGAACUGAAUGAUGCUGUGGGAUUUUCUAGAGUCAUUCACGCCAUUGCUAAUUCGGGGAAACUUGUCAUUGGACACAACAUGCUCUUGGAUGUCAUGCACACAGUUCAUCAGUUUUACAGCCCUCUGCCCAUGGACUUAAAUGAGUUUAAGGAGAUGACAACAUGUGUUUUCCCCAGACUUUUGGAUACAAAAUUGAUGGCCAGCACACAGCCUUUCAAGGAUAUUAUUAACAACACAUCCCUUGCGGAGCUGGAAAAGCGGUUAAAAGAGACACCUUUCAACCCUCCUAAAGUUGAAAGUGCAGAAGGUUUUCCAAGUUAUGACACGGCUUCUGAACAGCUGCACGAGGCAGGCUAUGAUGCUUAUAUCACAGGACUGUGUUUCAUCUCCAUGGCGAACUACCUAGGUUCCUUUCUUAGUCCUCCAAAGAUUCACGUGUCUGCCAGGUCAAAACUCAUCGAACCUUUUUUUAACAAGUUAUUUCUUAUGAGAGUCAUGGAUAUCCCAUAUCUAAACUUGGAAGGACCAGACUUGCAGCCUAAACGCGAUCAUGUCCUCCAUGUGACAUUCCCCAAAGAAUGGAAAACCAGCGACCUUUACCAGCUUUUCAGUGCCUUUGGUAACAUUCAGAUAUCCUGGAUUGAUGACACGUCAGCAUUUGUUUCUCUCAGCCAGCCUGAACAAGUACCAAUUGGGAAGACAGCACACAGCCAGUGUGGGACUGGGUGCCGUGGAGGAGAUGACUUAGCCUUGCCAUUUGAGGAUUUUUCUGGAGGGUCAGGUGCUGUGGUGGACGCCCAGGGCGUGCGUCAGCUCUUGCACAGAAUCCGCAACACUGAGAACGGCACCGCCUUCCUCCUGGCCUUCCCCAGCUGCUCCCCGGCCUUGUUCUCCUCACAGCUUGGAAACAGGAGGCAGAUGGAUCAGUCCGAGGCGGGGAAGCUAGCAGCACAGACAGCUGCUGAUGGUGGGGCCGACCCUGGGCCACGUGCUGCUCCAGGAGGGCGAGGCGACCACUGCGCUGGGGACAGCCCACGUCGCUGGAACUCCUGCCACGGCUGUUUCCGCUACGCGAUGGUGCCAAGUUCCCACUGUCACAAAAGAGAGUAG